UGCAGCGCCACGGGUACGCAGCGGUGGAAUUGUGGCUGUCAAAAUAUCUCGAUUGUGUGUUGCGAAAAAUCGGUCUGGAUCCUGAAAAAAUGGAAAUUACAUCACAGACGAACGGCGUGACGGGCACCACGCGCAAAAAGGACGGCACGGAGGCCAAGGAGAACCUGUGGUCCGAGAUCCUGGGCGAAGUACAAAGGCAGGGCAGCACGAAGCUGCCGUCCAACAAGUCGGUGCUCGUCGUGGGGGACAACGCGUCCGGCAAGACCAGCCUGAUCGCCAAGCUGCAGGGCGUGGAGGACCCCAAGAAGGGCUCGGGACUCGAGUACGCCUACAUAGACGUCCGUGAUGAGUACAGAGACGAUUUGACACGAUUGGGAGUUUGGGUGCUGGACGGCGAUCCAGGGCACACGAAUCUCCUCAAGUUCGCGCUGAAUGAGUCGAGCUACGCGCACACGCUGGUCAUCCUCGCUGUGUCGAUGAACACGCCGUGGUCGUGGCUGGAACAGCUGCAGCACUGGCUCAAGAUACUCGCUGAGCAUGUGGACAAGCUGAAGCUGGAGACGGAGGAGCGCCAGGCGGCGCGUCAGAAGCUCGUCACCGCCUGGCAGACGUACUGCGAGGCGGGCGACGAUCUGGAUCCCGGCUCGCCCAUGAAGAGGAGCGCCAGGCUGUCGUCGGCGGAUGAUGAAUUGGAUGCGUUACCACUGCCCGAGGGCGCGCUCACCACCAACCUGGGCCUCGACAUUGUAGUCGUUGUGACAAAGACUGACUACAUGACCACUUUGGAGAAGGAGUUCGACUAUCGGGAUGAGCACUUUGACUUUAUGCAGCAGUGGAUAAGGAGAUUCUGUCUGGCGCAUGGCGCAUCGCUGUUCUACACGAGUGUUAAAGAAGACAAAAACUGUGAUCUACUUUAUAAAUAUUUAACGCAUCGAAUUUACGAUCUGCCGUUUCGAACACCGGCUCUUGUCGUGGAGAAAGACGCCGUUCUCAUUCCUGCUGGCUGGGACAACAUGAAGAAGAUCAGCAUCCUGUACGAGAAUAUGCAAACAUGCAAGCCCGAUGACUACUACACGGAUAUCAUUGUGCCUCCUCCACAGCGGAAGACGGCGACCAAUCGGGAAGUGGAGGUGCAUCCUGAGGAUGAGCAGACGUUCUUGGCGCGCCAGCAGCAGCUGCUGCUGCAGGGACAGACGCCAACGAGAGGGGAAUCGCCCAUGAGAUCGCAGCCGGGCGGCAAAGUGUCCCCGCGAACGCCGAUAACGGGCAGUCAGGGAUCACCCAAUAAGAAGAUCGAUGCCAAACUGACGCCAGGGACGCCUGGCGGUGAGGGAGUUUUGGCGAACUUCUUCAAUUCGCUGCUGAACAAGAAGUCCGGCACGCCUGGUGGGCCUGCCGGUGACAUGGGCGGCAGUCCGAGGAGUCCGGCGGGCAGGCAGCCGCCCAAUGGCAUGGAGGAGGGUGCUGGUGAGAAGAUGAGCGUGCGAACGGACGCCGCGGCGGAGCUGGAUCGGCUCACGAGGAGUGUCGUGAGUAAAAAGGAGGCGGAAUAUGCGGGCCAGAGUGAUUGCUGAAGGGAAUCCGGGAGGCUGAAGUGGAAACACACACACUGAACAUUCUGAUAUUCCAAAAAGAGAAA